AUGAGACAAGCUACGUUGUCUGGAGCUUGGCUCUUCUUAUUGACAUCAAGCAACGUCUUGGCACAGAGCCUUCAACCAUCAGGAGCAAUCUCGCCCGUCGUUGAGAAAUGCGGGCCAAACGACAAUGUCGUGUGCGUGAACAAAUAUGCAUCUGUCCUUCCCUACCACUUCUUUAGGAACACCUCGUACAUCCCAAACAUCUUUGACUUCAAGAACACCUCAGUUCCAUCAGAUCCAUCAUUCCAGCUUCUCUCCAACGCUAGUUUCGUGAUCUUCGACAGAGCACGAGGACUCGAAUAUCUUGGAGGUACACCAACUUAUGAUUUCGUGUUCAAAGUGAGCGAUGCGGUACACGAAGCUCCUGUGUAUAUUCCAUCGCAAAACAAACUGUACCUCUCACAACUCGCACCUCCAGCAGGCUACCUGCCACAACUUGUCGUCGACCUAAAUGUACAACCUCCAACUCUAUCCGAGUACCUGCCUAACCCACCAAUAUAUGCUCCCAACGGCGGCACGUCAUACGCCAACGGUACAUUGAUCCUCUUCGCAGCCAGCGGCGGGAACAUCAGCAUCGGCAAUCCACCCACGGAGCAGCGGGUGUCACUCCGCCUCCUAGACCCAGCAACCAACCAGUCCACCGUCCUCCUCAACAACUACUUCGGCUCCUACUUCAACUGCCUCGACGACGUAGCAGUCCACCCAACAACCAAGCAAAUCUUCGUUACCGAUCCCGAUUACUCCUGGUUCAACUCCCUAACCGACACCCCACCCCAACUCCCCACAGCAUCCUACCGCUUCGACCCAAACACAGGCGCCACCUUCUUGAUCGACGACACCCUCCAACAACCCAACGGCAUCGCAUUCACACCUGACGGUUCAACCCUCUACAUCUCCGACACCGGUGCCGUAGCAGGAUCAAAAGCCCCCACCGGCUACCACGGCGCCAGCUAUAACGCGACGGGCCCAGCGACCGUCUAUGCCUUCGACGUCACGCACAACGGGACUCGUGUCUCGAAUAAACGAGCUUUCUACCUAGCUCAAUCGUGGGUACCAGAUGGAUUGAAAGUUAGUCGCGAAGGUCUCGUCCUCACCGGUGCUGGAAACGGUCUCGACGUGCUAGAUGAUGUAGGACAGCUGAUUAUGAGGGUGCAGACGAACUAUACCGUGCAAAAUUUCGCUUGGGUCGGUAGUGAUUUGAAGGAGCUGUGGAUGAUGGGCAAUGGAGGUAUUUCGAGAGUUAGAUGGAAUAUCCAGGGACAGCUCCCAACAUGA